AUGGAUGCUUCGAUUGAGUUACAAGAAUUGAAAGUUCUUCUACAGGAUAUUCAUUUGAAUGCUGCCGUUGCGGACGUCAUUAUUUGGCUGUUCGAUUCUUCUAAAGUUUUCACGGUCAAGUCAUGGUAUGCUUUGUUGAUGCAAGAACAAGGUGAAGUUGAUUUGGAGGAUGGCAGGAAACAGGGGCUGAACUGGAUAUGGGGAGCUUAUGUUCCAUCGAAAUUGAAAUUUUUUGGUUGGCGACUGUUGUUGGAUAGAUUACCUACAAGAAACCAUCUUCUCCAUAGAGGAAUCAUUGACUCAAGCCAGAAUGCAGUGUGUGCUUUCUGUCUUAUGCAGGUUGAAGACAGCACACACUUGUUCCUGCAGUGCACAAAAUUAAGGAGUUUUUGGUGCAGAGUCUGUUCUUGGCUGGAUUUAGACAUUAUUGCAGGUGUAGACUGUUGCGGCAACCUCAACUCUUGCAUAAACUUACUGACGGGGAAGAUGUCUUGUAGUAGAGGGGCGGCUAUUUGGUUGACUGUUUGUUGGUGUAUUUGGAAGACUAGAAACGAUGUCAUAUUUAAUAACGCUAAGUUGGAUGCCGAGGAGCUAUUUUAUCUUAUAUUGUGGUACUCUUGGUGGUGGCUUGCAUUUGUUGCUAAGGAUAGGAUUACAUGUAAUUUUUACGAGUGGUUUAAAAACCCUUUUGUGUGCAUUUGA